CACACAACAGCUCAGCCGACCGACCGGUUGCGUAAAAUUAUUUCUCUUAUAAAAUCAACCAUAUUCAACCCAUUGAAAGUAAACAUUUACAGCAAAAAUGUUUGGUUUGAUUGCAAGACAUUCUUCUCGAAGAAUAACCCAAUCGUGUGCUUCAUUGACGAGUCGUCACAACAGCACUCUUGUCAUCGUUGAACACAACAAUGAGAGCGUCAUACCAAUCACAUUCAACACGCUGACCGCUGCCGCCAAGGUGGGAGGGGAGGUAUCAUGUCUCAUUGCUGGUACCAACUGCAGUAAGGUUGUUGAGGAGCUAAGCAAGGUACCUGGUAUUGGUAAGAUCAUGGUAGCAGACAGUGAAGCAUAUAAAGGGUUCCUACCCGAGGCUCUUACUCCACUCUUACUGGCUACACAGAAACAGUUCAACUUCACACACAUUACAUCAGGGGCUACAGCAUUUGGAAAGAACUUGAUCCCAAGGCUAGCCGCUAAACUUGAUGUGGCACCAAUCUCAGAUAUCAUUGGAAUUGAAGCUCCAGACACGUUUGUCAGGACUAUUUAUGCAGGAAACGCUUUAUCAACUAUUCGUAGCUUAGAUUCAGUCAAGGUGUUCAGUGUACGAGGGACAUCGUUUGAGGGAGUGGAAGCUGGUAGUGGCUCAGCUAGCUCAGAGCAAGCUCCGGAUCCAGGUGUCACCAAUGACUUGUCAACUUGGCAGAGCCAGUCACUCAGCAAGAGUGACCGGCCAGAACUGACUAGUGCAGACAAAGUCAUCUCAGGAGGACGUGGCAUGAAGAAUGGUGAAAACUUUGAGCUCCUUUACAAGCUUGCCGAUAAGAUGAACGCCGCAGUGGGAGCAUCUAGAGCAGCAGUAGAUGCUGGAUUUGUACCCAAUGACAUGCAGGUUGGACAGACCGGAAAGAUCGUUGCCCCAGAACUUUACAUCGCUGUUGGUAUCUCUGGAGCCAUUCAGCAUCUUGCUGGUAUGAAGGACAGUAAGGUGAUUGUAGCCAUCAACAAAGACCCAGAAGCUCCUAUAUUCCAAGUAGCAGACUUUGGUCUGGUGGCUGACCUAUUCAAGGCCAUUCCUGAAAUGACAGAUCAACUGGAGAAAUAAUUUUGAUGCAGUUUCAAAUUUUUAAAACCAAGUUUUAAUUUUAAAGUGAAAGUACAAAACAGUGUGAUUGUUUGAUCGACCAGAAGGUAUUCAAGUUUUGAUUUGCACCAAUAUUCUUCAAACAGGAUUUUCUUCAACCACUGAGGUACACUCGGGUACACUGUUCAAAAGUUUGGAUGCAAUGAAGAUGCAUGUUUGGAACAAGACUGAGAAAGAACGACAUACAAAUAAAAUUACAUCAACAAAACUAAAUUGUCUUUUACUUUUUAAUGAUCAGAAGAACAAAGCAAAUAAUGAUAAAUAGACAAAGAACAUAACAAUUUUACUUCUUUAAUACGGGAUUAAAAACCAAUAUGUAUGCAUAAAUCUCCAGUAGUUAUUUAAAUCUGUUGAUGGAGCAGCCAUUUUGUUUCACCCAAUUCAAUCAAACGUUCUCAAAACCAAGUUAGUGGUUGUUUCCUCAAAAUGCACAUUGUUAAUAAAAAUCUCUUUCACUAUGCCCUUUGUGUGCUGUGAAAUAUUCAACAAAAUCUAUGAAACACAAGUCUGAGGUCGCACAAAUUUUACAGGCAAUUUAAGUUACAAUUGUACAUUAUCUGUCCUUAAGCAUGUACUUUAUUCUUGUAAGAGAAGACAAUGUAUCUUAUUUUGAGGCAGUCUCUUAAAUGGAAAAUCAGACUUUUUUGCUUAAACAUUUCAAAGGGCAUGGAGGCGAUUGCCACCAUGAAUUAUUGGACCAGAAUUUCACAACCAGUUUUUAUUUUAGAGUAUCUCUGUCUUGAAAAAGUUUAAACAGAAAGAAACCUGGAAAAUAUCUUAAAUUGGUGUUUUGCAAAAUUUGGCGCACAUGCAUUAAGCGUUCACAUACAAUGUACUGUUGCCUGUAAAUAAAACAUGAGAAAUUUUAGAAACCCAAUCUGUGUUAAGUAGCAGUUGGGACUCAUGCUCAAAUAAAGUAUUUUCAACAAUGUAAAAAUAUAACCUAAUUACCCUUAAAAAAUUACAUACAAUGGAAGGAAAUACUGAAUAAAAACAACGGAUUGACUAAUAUGUAAAGAAAAAA